AUGUCCAUCUUCCACUCCAGCGUCCGCCUCGCCGCCAGCGCCACCACCGCCACCGCUACCUCGUCCCUGACCUCGUCCUCGUCCUCGCACGCCGUCACCACCGCCCUCCGCCACUCGGCCACCUUCGCGACCGCCGCUGCAGCCUCGACCAUGUCCGCAUCGACAUCGACGCCAAGACCCCGCGCCUCGUCUCCCUCUUCCUCGUCGUCGUCCCUGGGCAGCCGCCGCUCGUCGUCGCCCACCAACAUGGCCGUCGACGCAAACGCCUACUCGUCGUCGUACGCCACCACGGCCUCGGUCGGCAGCUCGCGCGGCUUCGCCUCGUCGUCUUCCCCGUCGUCGUCGUCGUCGUCGUCCUACAAGCCCGUGCUGACGACAAAGACCAUCAACCCCAACGUGCUCAAGACCGAGUACGCCGUGCGCGGCGAGCUGAGCAACCGCGCCAACAAGUACGCCCAGCUCAUCGCCGACGGCAAGGCCAAGCAGGAGGGCCUCCCCUUUGACUCGGUCGUCACCGCCAACAUUGGCAACCCGCAGCAACAGCCCUUCCUGGCGCAGAAGCCGCUCACCUUUUGGCGGCAGGUGGCUGCGCUGACCGAGCUGCCGGAGCUCAUGGACACGCCGGGCAUGGACAAGGUCUUCCCCGCCGACGUCCAGGAGCGCGCCCGGCUGCUCCUCGAGGACGUGGGCAGCGUCGGCGCCUACUCGCACUCCAAGGGCGCCUCGGUGGUGCGCAAGCACAUUGCCGAGUUCAUCGAGGAGCGCGACGGCUACCCGGCCGACCCGGAGCUCAUCUACCUCACCUCGGGCGCGUCGGGCGGCGUCCAGCUGCUGAUGCAGGUGCUCAUUGCGUCGCGCGAUACGGGCAUCAUGAUCCCCAUCCCGCAGUACCCGCUCUACUCGGCCACGCUGGCGCUGUACGACGCCACGCCGGUCGAGUACGACCUCAACCCCUUCGACGACUGGAGCCUGGAUGUCGAGGCCAUGGCGAGGAGCAUCGACGAGGCGCGCGCCCGCGGCACCGACGUCCGCGCCCUGGUCAUCAUCAACCCGGGCAACCCGACGGGCCAGUGCCUGCUCGAGCAAAACAUCCGCGACCUGGUGCGCAUGGCGCACGACAAGCGCAUCGUGCUGCUGGCCGACGAGGUGUACCAGGCCAACAUCUACCAGCCCGAGACGCGGCCGUUUGUGUCGUUCAAGAAGGUGGUGCGCGAUUUCAGCAAGUCGAGCGACGCCGCCGAGCGCCGCAUCGCCGACGAGGUCGAGCUGGUGUCGUUCCACUCGAUCUCCAAGGGCGUGUCGGGCGAGUGCGGCCGGCGCGGCGGCUACUUUGAGCUGGUCAACAUCGACGCCGCCGUCGAGGCCGAGGUGUACAAGAUGGCCAGCAUCUCGCUUUGCCCGUCGCUGCAGGGCCAGAUUGGCGUCGACAUGCUGGUCAAGCCGCCGCGCGAGGGCGAGCCGUCGUACGACGUCUACCGGCGCGAGACCGAGGCGAUCCACGCGACGCUGCUGGAGCGCUCGGAAAAGAUGGCGGCCAAGUUUGAUGCGCUGCCGGGCGUCGAGGUGCAGCCGGCCCAGGGCGCCCUCUACCUCUUCCCGCGCGUGACGCUGCCGCCGCGCGCCCACGACGAGGCGAGGAAGCGCGGCAAAAAGGUCGACGAGUUCUACUGCCUCGAGAUGCUCGACAAGACGGGCAUCUGCGUCGUGCCCGGCAGCGGGUUUGGCAAGAUGCCCGAGAGGGACACGGGCGCCUGCUUUUUCCGCACCACGGUGCUGGCAAAGGAGACGGACAGCUUCAUCGAGCGCUACGGCAAGUUCCACACCGAGUUCCUCGAGACGUACAAGUAG